GUAGAUUUCACAUUGACAGCAUGGUGGGACCCACAGAGUUGGAGGUAAUACUCUGCGUAAAACAGGUGUCGUAGAGGAUAGAGGAUUCCGGUCCAAGAAACGGCACCUCUCUCUCACUCUCUGAUCGAUUCCUGAUGCUGAUGCUGCCGUCGUUUUGGGUAAGAAGACAAGUGACUAUAAAUUUUGAGACAUCUCGAAGUGCUUACUCUCAUCUCUUUGAAGAAAUCAGCUCACCCUCUGUAAGGGAUCGGAAAUUAGGGGUACCACCUUCUGCCUGCAUCAUGUUAUUACCUGUGACUGUCAAAAUUGUGCCAAGGAAACUGUAUUGUAUGACAGAUAUUAAGUUCCUUUUAUAUUUGGAUCUGUAGUAUUCAUUGCUUAUCCAUGACAUGAAGGAAUGCUACAUGGUCUUUUGUUUCCAUCUGAGUAAGUAGUGAAUGGCCUCAUAGCAAAGUGCUUAGGUGGGCAGCUCAAGGAAAAUGUGCAUCGAGUAAGAGGGAACAAAGUCCAUGUUUUUAUUUUGAAGGCGAGUGUAAUGAUGGGCCACGAGGAAGAUAAGCUGCACUCCAAUGAUGGUGGAAUCAAUGAUGGAGCGACAGUUACUAUGGGCGAAAAUAUAGAGAUGUGCUGUACAACAUAUCAAGGUACUGAAAAGGAUGGGAAUUUGGCACUUUGCCGUGUGUGCCAAUGUGCAGAAUCUGACAGAAGGGGGGAUGCUGCCUUAGACUUCUUGAAUAUAACCCCUCCGUCAGAGGAAGUCGUGAAGAUCAACGAGGAUGAGCAAUUAACUGACAAAGUUUCCCAGGAAGGUGUUCAAAAUGAUGUUGCAGAUACUAAGAGUUGGGGAAGGAGGUCUGGGUUUAUGGAGUUUGUAAGCCCUGAAGGGGAGGUUUUCAUUUGCAGAACUGACAUAGAAGCAGGAUCUUGUCACCAUCAAGACACACUUAUUAAUCUCGGGUGUUCAUGCAAAAGUGAUCUAGCUGUUGCACAUUAUGCUUGUGCAUUGAAGUGGUUCAUUAAUCAUGGAUCUACCAUCUGUGAGAUUUGCGGAAGUGUUGCAAAAAAUGUCAGAACUGCUGACUUCAGAAAGGUCAUGGUUUCUCUUAAGGAUUAUGAAGCGUUAAGGGAAAGGACUGUCGCUGGGGAACUUAUUUCCACACACGUGCAGACGGAUUCAGGUGUUGAUCCUGAUGCUGUUGCUGCUAUUCGAAGACAGAGGCUUAGUGAGAUUUCUUUGUGGUUUAAUCCACACAAUAAUUCCGCAGCAGUUUCGGUUUCAGUUUCACAAGGAGUUGUGGAUCAGUCUUCUAAUAUCCCUGUUGAAGUUCCUGUCCCCACUGAAAAUCCUACAACCAAAUGGGCUGUGGAAAGUACUGGGAUACUUGUUGCUACUGGGUUGCUUACAGUUACUCUAGCAUGGCUGAUUGCUCCUCGUGUUGGAAAGAGGACUGCAAGAAGUGGUCUUCAUAUUCUUCUUGGAGGUAUAUGCGCUUUGACAGUUGUGAUCUUCCUUCGCUUUAUUGUGCUGUCUAGAAUCAAGUACGGGCCAGCACGCUAUUGGGCCAUCUUGUUUGUCUUCUGGUUUCUUGUUUUUGGGAUAUGGGCCUCACGAACACACAGUGCACACUCUACAUGAUUGCAUGUGUUUGUAUACCAUUGGUUAACAGAAAUGUAGUGUUGUUCACACCCCCACCUGCAAGUAUUUCUAUUAAAGAACUGGGAAUGUCUGUAGACAUUUAUGUUGCUGCUGUCCAUGCCUCUUUAAUUGGACUCCCUCCGUUGUAAUGCUUGCUGAAAGAGAUAGAGAUCUGGUUUUUUCAACUGUGGUUUCAGUGGGCUGGGUCAGUCUGUGCGAGCUGUCAAGGCCUGACCCCAUGUUGGAUGGUUUUGCAGUCGAUCAUGUGGUUCUAAUGUUGCGGCGAGACUUGGGUUUGAAUUUGUAAGCCCACAAAAAUUGUGGGUUGGACUCUGUCCCUGGACGUAAAGUGGUGGACUGUUUUUUAUCACUUGGGCGUGUUGAUAAUUCUACAUGUGCAGUGUUGGAAGCAAAUAGUCAUUUACCUGGAAGUUAAGACUGAAUAUAUAUUCCAUCUCUGGUCUUUGAGAGGGAGAAUACAUUUUAUUUUAUCUAUAUAUAUGAUUUUUGAAUUUUAUA